AAAUGCUUUCCGGUUUGGUUUGGGUUUUUUUUAAAGUGCUUUCACUUCAUAGCAACUGUAACGAAGAUUUUUCUUAAGACUCGUAAGAUGUUUUUUAAUGCAUUGUGUCGAAUAACUCCUUUAAAGCUUUAAGAUACCAGCAGACGUCAUGUGGUGUAACCUUGAGCAGGACAGUCUCGCGCCGAGACCGCGUUUUAUUAUAUAUUUACUUUUUUAUCUUCCGGAUCUCUGAUGAUUGAUGAAACACAAGACAGACGGAGAAAUGCAGAAAAUAUGUAGAGCUGAAUGGAGUUUAAUUAACUAAUCACCUGUCAUGGUUACAGCCAGUGUGUAGUGUGUGUGUGUGUGUGUGUGUGUGUGUGUCUGUGUGUGUGUGUGUUGUUGAAGUGUUUAAAUAUUGCUUCAUAUCACCCUAAGAGAAACAUGGUGGUUGGUGUGUGAGAUCCCAGUGGAGAACCUGUGAGCUUGUUCUCGCGGUCACUCUUGACCUCGCUUACAGAUAUUUCAAGUCCAUGGUUAGCUGUUGGUCAGUACUCGCUGACUUUGAUCAUAUAAAAUGUGGUAGAAGAUUAUUGAUGGUGCACCCUUGAUGUCUGGCGUUAAACCUCAGUGUGUGUGUAUUUCUGUUUGAGACGCACAGAGUUCCAGAUGUCCAGAUGUUCUGACCGAAAUAGUGGAGCUCCUGAUGUUCAUGGAAUGAUCUGAAUAAAAUCAUGGAGCUCCAGAUGUUCAUGGGUCUAUAGUGUUAGAUUAUCUUGGUGACAGAUCUCGGGCUGUAGUUGCCACUUUUGGGCCAAUUUCUUGAAGUUUAAACUACAGUUCUUGGUUCUUUGCUGGACCAGUGGAGGAACCCUGCUGAACUUUGGUCUUUUUCUGCCACUUUAGAGCAGAAAGCCUGCUGUGAUAUCCUCACAGUGAAUCAGUCCAAGAGGAAGAACGCUGGCUGUUUAGGAGCUGCAGCUUUCUGAGAUAAAUCAAAGACACCAUGAUGACAGCUUCAGGAUGAGCUGUGUGUGUGUGUGUGUGUAUAUAGGGGGUUGUGCUGGUAUAAAACGACUCCUCAGACCAGUAUCACCUCGGGCGUUAUCGAUCGGUUGUGGUUUUGGACAGGAUUUGGCCGACGGCAGCAGCUCUGCAUCCAUUAUUAAUGAAGCGUUUAGUAUCAACAGGCCGGAGCGUUUAGCGGCGCUGCGACACACUCGGAGAGAGAGAGAUGGAGACGGAGAGAGAGAGAGAGUGAGAGAGAGAGAGUGGAACAUUCACAUCCAUCACACGUGACAGGUUUCAUACUCGACCCCCACGGCAUGCGGCAGCGUCACGGAGCAGCUGUGGAGCGGUAAAUCAGCCGGAGUGCAGCCUCCUUCCUGUUAAUCACAUCCAGAUAUAACUAACAAUCUGAGGCUCGCUUAUCGACUUGUGCUGUCUGGAUUUAUCUAUCCUACAUGAUGAUGUAGUUCUGGAGCUCUUAAAUAACCGACUUGAUGAAAAAAAUAAUAAUAAAGACGCAUGAUAUCCUCUUUAAUGGUAGCCAAGUCACUCGUAUAUCCAUGUUUAGAGUUUUGUUUAUUUUUCCACCAGAGCUAUGAGUCCUAUCUUCAUGUUUUUGAUAAAGUUUGGACACCACUGCCCACUGCUUUCCAGCUGGUCUGUGUUUAGAGAUCCAGUAGUUUGUAUGUUGGUUAUUAUUGUUGUCUUAUCCAGCAUCUUUAAAUCUGAGCCUCGGUUUCAUGUUUUCUCGUCCGUUCUUUUUUGUUAGCGUAGCUUUUUUUAGAUUUGGUUUUAUAGAGAGCAGCAUGAAGUUAACACGUCUUCUUUCUUCAUCGUCAUAUUCAUCAUCACAAUUUAUAGCUGCAAUAAUCUGUAGAUCUGUGAAUUUCACGAAACGUCUGCCAAGUUUCAAGCUUCAGGAAUGAUGCCAUGUUGAAAUGAUACCAAGCUGGUCAGUGAGCUAAAAAAACGGUACUGGUUCUGCGAGAUGGCCGCCUUGCUAGCGUCACUUCUCAAAGUCCGGAUCUGGAGUGAAUUGAAUCUGGACCCGCCUCCAUUUUGUAUUUCAGGAGAACAAAUUGUGUGUACGGGAUUAAAAGUGUGGAUUUCCUGCUCUGAUAAACACGGGUUACACUUGGAAAUCAUUGGAUUAGUUUUUUAUGUCUUUUUGAAGACGGUCUGAAAUGAAAGAGAAGUUCCAUAACCUACAGGAGCUGAGGCACAGCGCAUCUCUGGCUAAUAAAGUGUUCAUCCAGAGAGAUUACACCGAAGGAACUGUCUGCAAAUUCCAGACCAAAUUCCCCUCCGAACUGGACAGCCGGAUUGAGAAGACUCUGUUUGAGGACACGGUGAAAACGCUGAAUAAUUACUAUGCGGAGGCGGAGAAGAUUGGAGGCCACGCCUACCUCGAGGGCUGUCUCGCCUGCAUCACAGCCUACCUCAUCUUCCUCUGCAUGGAGACACGCUACGAAAAGGUCUUGAAAAAGAUCUCUCGGUACAUUCAGGAGCAGAAUGAGAAGAUCUACGCUCCCAGAGGCCUCCUCAUUACUGACCCUAUAGAGAGAGGCAUGAGAGUUAUUGAAAUCAGUAUCUAUGAAGACAGAGGUUCCAGUGGAUCAAGUUCAGGAAGCAGCACCACCAGUAGCAGUGGACGAUGAUGAUCUUCCCACACACACACACACACACACACACUUAUGUCUUCACCUUCCUCCUCUGUGAAUGGACACAUUCGCUGGUUUCAAGCAGAAGAGACACAAACAUCACAGUCACCAACACAGGUCCAUCUGCAGGUCACACCACGAGAGUGGGUGUGGCUUUGUGUCCAUAUAUUUGGACAGGUUAAUUUGCAUUUCUGUGUCCAGUGUUAGAGUUUCUAAAGGGAUAGUAAUCUUCACUGAUAGUCAGGGUUCUAUGGAGGACCUUCACUGGUUCCUUUAGAGAGAAACAAACCAGAGAUUCUUUAGACGUUCUCCAUUUUAACAUCUAGCUCCUAUUUUCACAUCACUGCCACAGAACACUGUCACUAUUUUACACUAUAUUGCCAAAAGUUUUGGGACAUCUGCCCUUACAUGCACAUGAAUGUAAUAUGGAGUUGUCCCACCCUUUACAGCUAGAACAGCUUCAACUCUUCUGGGAAGGCUUUCCACAAGGUUUAGGAGUGUGUUUAUGGGAAUUUUUGACCAUUCCUCUAGAAGCACAUUUGUGAGGUCAGGCACUGAUGUUGGAUGAGAAGGUCUGGCUCUCAGUCUCUGCUCUAAUUCAUCCCAAAGGUGUUCUAUGGGGUUGAGGUCAGGACAGAUACCCUGACAAGCUUGUCAUGAUGAUGUCAGAGGAGCGUGUCAUUGUGUUACUAACAGACAUGCCCAUUUAACAUGAGCCACACCCACUUACUCUAAAUCACGCCCACCAUUCUUAGAUCUGCAGACUGACCCUCUUCCAAUCACUGCACAUGAGCUUCUCAGGACACACCCUCUAUCACCUUCUCAUUGCUGGAGAGACUACAUUCACUCACACACACACACACACACACACACACUUAAACACACACACUUGCAUGAUUUUCACUGUUGCACCUGUGUGUUGUUAUGUAGCAGCCUGUAGAGCUGAUGAAGAGCAGAAGAGAGUCUUCCACAGCGGGUCAGGAGUCGGCCAUGUUUGCACUUUUCCUUUUUUUCCUGUUCCUUUGUGCGAUGAUGAUUUUUAUGCACGACGGUCGGCUCGGAAGAAUCAGAUGUAGAACCAAUCCGGGAUCAGAGCCGUGUAGACGUGCUGUUAUUUAUUAUUAAGUAACAAAGAACCAAAUCCGAUCUCACUCCAAGCUGAGAUGAGGUUUCUGGAAGUGAGACCCUCCUGUACACAGAACCUGUAAAGAUCUUCUCCCAGAACCCUUUAGGAAGGCUGGUUAAAGAGUAUAAUCUGUAUAAUAAGGGUGUUUGGCUUCUGCCUAGAUCAUCAGGAGAAACCCUUUGAAAAAUAGGGAUUUAUAUAGAACUUUUAAACAUUCCUCCAAAAGUCAAAAUAAAGAGAACCCUUUAGAAUUCUAACUGGGUUCUAAUCAGAACAAUUUCAAAGAAGGCUGUUUUAUUUUUGUUGUGAAGUUUUACAUAGAAAUACGCUAUGUUGCCAAAAGUUUUGGGACGUCUGCCUUUACAUGCACAUGAAUGUAAUAUGGAGUUGCCCCGCCCCUUUGCAGUUAUAACAGCUUCAACUCUUCUGGGAAGGCUUUCCACAAGGUUUAGGAGUGUGUUUAUGGGAAUUUUUGACCAUUUCUCUAGAAGCACAUUUGUGAGGUCAGGCACUGAUGUUGGACGAGAAGGUCUGGCUCUCAGUCUCUGCUCCACUCUGUGCAGGUCAGUCAAGUUCCUCCACACCAAACUCACUCAUCCAUGUCUUUAUGGACCUUGCUUUGGUCACUGGUGUGCAGUCAUGUUGGAACAGGAAGGUCAUCCCCAAACUGUCCCCACAAAGAGCAUGAAAUUGUCCAAAAUGUCUUGGUAUGAAGCUGAAGCAUUAAGAGUUCCUUUCACUGGAACUAAGGGGCCGAGCCCAACCCCUGAAAAACAACACCUGAAUUCAGUGAUCUGGAGGGGUGUCCCAAAACUUUUGGGUAAUAUAGUGUAUGAAAAGUUCCCCCGAAGUGGAACCCUUAAAGGUUAGAAUUUAUCUUUAGCACUUGAGCAGAUGUUCAGAGGAAAGGGAUUAGUAAUCUGGAGCAGCUUAUCGUCUGGAAAAUAUCACAGGGAUUUGCAGUAGUUUAGAACCAGUGUUAUUUAUUCUAUACUUUGUUUAGAGCUUCCAGAGAGUUCCGGGUCUUCCACACGCUGAAACCACAUCACGUACCUCUGUAGUGGAGCUGGAUGGCGAUAGUCAGGAUAUACAGACAGGUCAGUUUAGAGAAACUCAGGAUUCCAGAUGUGAGUAGAACAGGAUCAUUCAUCACACUCUCAUCUCAUCAUAAAGCUUCCACUGCCACAUCACGUCUCACGUUAUACACGUCUGUGUUCCUGCUCGUCACGUGGCCGGGCGUGAGCAGGCAGACGCCACCUCUUCAGCGUGCCCUGACACUGCCACUAGCUAAACCCUCCCUACUCCUCCAUACGAGCUUCCAUUCCCUGACCAGAGAACUGGCUCAUGAUUAUGCAAAAGUGUGGAUGGGUUUGAUUACAACCUGCAGUCUGAAACAUGGAGUGUGUCUCUCUGAGGUGUAGAGAGACGGGAAACAGAAACACAGAUCACGGAUUAUCCAUUACCACACCAGGAUGGAGACACACAGGAAAAGGCAGAAGUUCAGAUACAGUGCCACAUGCUUCUCUGCAUACCACAAUAAAGAACUUGAACAAUC